AUGGCGUCAGCAGCGUUCUCUGAUCGCCCACUGAAAAAGUUGAUUCUGUUCGAUGUUGAUGAAACUCUGACCCCGGCUCGACAAGUAGUAUCGCUUGAGAUGGUAGAAUUACUGCGCGCAUUGCGCAAAAAGGUUGUUAUUGGGGUAGUUGGUGGAUCGGACCUUGUCAAGAUCUCUGAGCAAUUGGCUGUGCCGGGGUCCACAGUCAUACAGGAAUUUGAUUACGUUUUUGCGGAGAAUGGCUUAACCGCAUAUAAGCUACAGAAGGUCCUGCCAUCCCAGUCGUUCAUCAAGUUUGUAGGCGAAGAGCGCUACAAAGUACUGGCAAACUUCAUUUUGCAUUAUAUUGCUGACCUUGAUAUCCCGAUCAAACGGCAAGUUGGGACAUUCAUUGAAUUCCGUAAUGGAAUGGUCAACGUGAGCCCUAUAGGCAGGAAUGCAACAAUUCAAGAACGUCAUGAAUUCGAGCAGUACGACAAGGAACAUGGCGUCCGGGCUGCUUUUGUGACAAUUCUCCGGGAGAAAUUUGCAGACUACGGCCUCACAUAUUCGAUUGGUGGGAAGAUAUCCUUCGAUAUAUUUCCGAAUGGGUGGGAUAAAACGUAUUGUCUGCGUCACGUCGAAGACGAGCAAUUUGAGGAAAUACACUUUUUUGGGGACAAGACGUACAAGGGCGGCAAUGAUUAUGAGCUAUAUUCUGAUCCGCGGACCAUCGGUCAUUCGGUUUCCAAUCCCGCGCACACUAUGCAGUUAUUGAAGGAGUUCCUGCAGGAUUUGUAG